CGCGGGCAGGCGGGGUCCUGCGGCGGCAGCGGGGUGACUUUGAGGCAUGGCGCAGGCCGCGCAGAAGCUGGUGCAGCGCCUGAGCACCCGCGGGCCUCAGCUGCUGAGCGCUGCCGUGGCCUACUCCAAGCCUCGUCUGGCCACGUUCUGGUACUAUGCCAAGGUCGAGCUUGUGCCUCCGACUCCCGGUGAGAUCCCCAAAGCCAUCGACAGCAUGAAAUCCAUGGUCAGGAGCUUUCAGUCCGGUCGCCUGACGCAGCUCACGGUGAAGGAAGCGCUGAGGAACGGUUUGGUGGCCACAGAGGUGCUGAUGUGGUUUUACAUUGGUGAGAUCAUAGGCAAACGAGGCCUGAUUGGAUACAAUGUUUGAAGACUCGACCUCGGUAACACAGCGUUUGCUGCUGCGGCCCUGAGCCUGUAACACAAAUAAAGCCAGGAGCUGAUGUAGA